AAAAAGAAGUGUAAAAAUUGGCAUUUCAAGUCAGGUUCAAGCUACGAAAGGCAUUUUUUUGGGAGGACUUGAGAAGGGCUUCGCUUCAUCACUCGUCUCGACGACAGUUUUUCAUUCGUUUCGUUUCUUCAAUUUUUUUAUUCGAUUCUUCCCAGUUCGCACAGGAUGGCGUACAGAUUCCCCAAGUCCAUCAGCGCAGCGCGCGUAGCGGCUUUCGUCAAGACCGCGGCCUGGAUCCAGGGCACCAGCGCCAGCGAGGCCUACCUGCCGGAGGACGCCCUGAACAAUUUUCUUCGACGGCAUGGGAUCGACAACCGGCAGGCGCCUCCGCCUCCGCCCCCACCCGCGCCUGAGGAGGACGACGACGAUGAGGAGGAGGAGGAGAAAGAAAGCGUAGAGGGGGAGGAGAAGGAGGAGGACGAGAACUCAUCGGCAAACGAGGAAGGCGACGACUCCUCGCUGUCGUCGGACGAAUCCCUCGGCACGUCGCCGAGCGAAUCGUCGCAGGAUUCCGCUGAGGAGGACCCGGCGAACGGGUCGAACUCUGCGCAAGCCGGCAUCGCUAUCGGCGCGUCGGGGCAGCCCGCGAUAGGGUCCGCGGAGCCGACGCCUCUCAGCAUGGGGGCCAAGGUGGCGAUCGGCGUCUGGUCAGCCGUAGCGGUGUUUGCUGUAUUCGGGCUCAUAUACUUCUUCUGUCGGCGGCGGCGGCGGGCGAGGAUGGCGCAGGCGGAGAUGAACGCGCUGCGGGACGAGGAGCUGGCGCGGUCGCGGCAGGGCAUGUCUGAGAUGGGCGGGCCGCUGCCGCCAGCGCCGGGGUCCGUCAUAGAUCCGCUGUCGCCGGCUCAUCUCAGAGGCGGUGGAGGAGGUGAUGAAGAUACGCGCGAGCCAACGGUUCGCAACCCGAGCGGCCAGUGGAUGCCGACGCCGCCGUGGCAGGAGGACCCGCCGACGUGGCGAGACUCGCACCCCUGGGGACAAUCACAGCCUUCCGUCACGAUGCCGAUGCACAACGGCCUGCCAUCGGGCCCGAAACCGUUGUUUGCGAAACAGCAGCAAGGUGGACUUGACGCUCGUACCGAGGGCGGCGAGACUGAGACUACCAUCUUCGCGUAUAGAUAGGCGUAGGUAGGGGGAGGGAGAGUUCUCUUGUAGAGAGGACUAAGCCACAGGGCUUGCACAUUAAUACAGCGGUACUAUCGACAACUUAUCUUCGUUUUCGUGGACUGCGUCCAACCUUUAGACUGUUACCAAUUAGUUCGGUUGCUAAUACGAUUUGAUCCACCCUUGUGCUCGGUUUGUCUUGAUAUAAACUCGCCCGUUUGGGGGGCGAGAGAUGUAUUUAUUAGGU